AAAGACCCACCAUCUCCUUCACCCUCAUUAUAUACUCACCUCAAAUUCCUACCCUCCCUCUCUCCAUUAAAGAAGAGCUCUCUUCUGCAGCACUCUAUUCUCUCUUCUUUUCAUGGCUCUUCUCACUUUCCAAGAGCCCUCAUCACAACCCAACAAACACAAACAACCCCCCUCUUCCUCCUCAUCCAAACGCAAGAAAAAACAGAUAAAACAGCAGCAGCCUUCUUCAUGGGACCAAAUCAAGAACUUGCUCACCUGCAAACAACUGGAAGGUUCCAAGGUCCACGAUCCUUCUUCUAAUAAGAAACUCGACAAGAGCUCUUCUUCCGGGUAUUCGAAGCUGGGGUCUUGCAGCUCUAUAUGUACUUUCAGAGAUGUGGCUCAUGGGAAUACCAGUAGGGUUGUCCACAGAGCUGAUAACUCGCCGGAAAGCAGCUCCGUCGGCCAGGAAACCGGACUUAUCCGCCGAAAAACUGUCAAUGGCUCGUCGUCGACGAGGUCGAAUAUGAGUAGUGCUAAUUCAGUGAGAUCAAACGGCGGUGGUUCGUGUAGGUCAUCAUCCAGAGGCAUGCAGUUUAGAAAACUCUCAGGCUGCUAUGAAUGUCAUAUGGCUCAUAUGAUAGUUGACCCUAGCAGGUAUCCUACUCCAAGGACUACCGUAUGUGCCUGCCCGGAUUGCGGAGAGGUUUUCCCAAAGAUUGAAAGCUUGGAACUUCAUCAAGCUGUUAGACAUGCUGUUUCGGAGCUGGGUCCAGAGGAUUCGGGUCGAAACAUAGUAGAAAUAAUCUUCAAAUCAAGCUGGCUCAAAAAAGACAGCCCAAUCUGCACCAUCGAGCGGAUCCUCAAAGUCCACAACACCAAGCGGACUAUCCAGAAAUUCGAGGACUGCCGUGACGCCGUCAAGUUCCGCGCCACCACAACCGCCAAAAGAGAUCCCAGGUGUGCCGCCGACGGCAACGAGUUACUUCGUUUCCACUGCACCAGCCUCACGUGCACGCUCGGCGCACAUGGCUCGUCCAGCUUAUGCGGCUCCGUACCCGGCUGCGGCGUCUGCACAGUCAUCAGGCACGGCUUCCAAGGCCGCAAGCUAGGCGCCGAUAACAAAGGAGUGCGUACUACGGCCAGUAGUGGCCGGGCCCACGACUGUCUGAACAGUACGGACACUCGUAGGGCCAUGCUCGUUUGUCGUGUGAUUGCUGGGAGGGUGAAGAGAAGUGAGGAUGACGUGGCUAUGGAAGAGGGUAAUGCGGCGGCGGCGGCGGCUUUGAACCCAAGUGGCUCGGCUUAUGACUCGGUGGCUGGCUUGGGUGGCGUGUUCUCGAAUCUCGAGGAGUUACAUGUGGCUAAUCCGAGGGCUAUCCUUCCUUGUUUUGUCGUUAUAUACAAAACGAGCAUCUAGAGUUGACUGUAUUAUGGAACUAGUGCUGGAGUAGUAUCAAGAAAUGGACUGAUGAGAGGAGUUAGCUGUAACUAGCUGACUGUCUUUCAAUUAUUAUUAUUGUUCCCUAAUCAUUUUCUCAUAUGUGUAUUCUUAGAAUUGGAUCAAUACUCCAAUCACAACUACUACUACUCUCUUUUUUUCCAUCACAAAUAAUAGAUAUAUAAAAUUUAUGCUUCAUGAA